UUCUAGGUCUCAGACAUCUCAACUCUGAGCCACACAACUAGUUCUGAAGAAUAUGGAGCCUACGUAGAUUCAUAAGAUUCACACAGCCGACAUUGAGCUGGGAUCACCCAAAGGGGCAGGAAGGGCUACACUGAACGGAGAGUUAUAUACAUCUAUGUCUGGAUGAGGGGACUUGACCCGAAGCUGUAGCAACCCAGCCGCUAUAGUCACACUGUUCUGUCUUCAGGAUGUUUCCCAUGGCCAAAAAUGCUCUAAGUCGUCUCCAACUUCAAAGCAUUCAGCAAACAAUGGCAAGGCAGAGCAGCCAGAAGCGGACACCUGAUUUCCAUGACAAAUAUGGUAAUGCUGUAUUCACUUAUGGAGCCACUUUCUGUGCUGCUGUAUGUGCAUAUACAGCAACACACAUUGGAAUAGAAUGGAACCUGUCCCCUGUUAGCAGAGGCACCCCAAAGGAAUGGAGAGACCAGUAAUCAGCCCAGCUGGUAUAACACUAAAUUGUUUCAAAACCAAUUCAGAAUUGAUUUCAACUAGAAGCACUGUGCACCCUUUAAAAUAGGGCAUGAUUGAAGAAAUAAAGUACAUUCGGAACCUUAAAAUAUGUAUGUGUGUACAUCUACGUCUGUGUUCUAGUCUUUGUCAGAUUAUGCAAAUUAUACAUUAUUUGAAAAACUGUAGAAGGCAGGGGUACCUUUUUGCCUUCCACCGAAGCUCUUACGUUUCCCAUAAGAGCUGAGUUUUGUAAAAUCCAUCACUAACCCGUUUCUGUCCCCCACCCCCACUGCCGCCCACCAUUUCCCUCUCAUCCGAUGCUAUACUCAGCUUCUUCCUGGGCUCCUUCUUCCCUUUCAUGUCUCCAUUACCCUCUUUCAAGUUCUACACUCUCAUUUAGCAGGUCGCCACCACCUCGUACUUCUUAACUCCCUCCUGUAAAUUUACUUCUUGCCGUGAUACUUUUCUAUGAUAGUUUUUCAAAGACGUCUUCUUUCAGAGGAAAAGAAACAACCUUUUUUUUUUUUUUUUUUUUUUAAAGUCCAAGAAUCUAUACUAGUGAGGAGAACCCUAUCUUCUUUCUGGAUGCACAGCGUUUCGAAGUUAUUCAAUGCACAUGAGUCAAAUGAUUAUGAAUGUCAAUCCCGGAGGUAGAAACAAGCUCAAAGUAACACCCCAGAAUAAUAAUGGCUCAAGAAUCAAUAGGCAAGAUUCAGUUGUCACAAAAUCACAGGGUGCUUUUUUUUGUUUUGUUUUGUUUUUGUUGUUUUUUUUGUUUUUUGUUUUUUUUUGUUUUUUAAGUGAGUUCGAACGAUGAAUAUGAUUAUUUUUAACUUGUUCAUUAACAUGUAGAGUUGGGUAUUAAUCACAGCGUGGCUUCUCUGAGUUUGGACUUGGGAAGGGGAUAGAUUUGUUUCAAAUCCGGAUUGCACUUGUGCCUUCAGCAAGCAAUUUAACCUCUCGUGGUCUGUUUCCUCAUUGGUAACCUAGAGGUGUAUAUCAUAUCUCCUCUUCCGAGAGCUAAGUGAGAAAAGAUCUGUUAACCACGUUGCAGGACUGGGGCAUGGGAGGAGCUCCUGUAAUGGUUGUGACCUGUUACUGUUGAUGUACCUUAUGACACCUAUUACCAAGUAUCUAGGUGUUUUUCCUAUAUUUCUUGAACAGCUGUGAUAGGUUUCUUUUUCAGACCAUCCCAGAUCCAUCCCUGGCUUUUAACAUAUCAACACAAAGAAAUUUUAUACUUUCUUACCCAUACUUCAGCAUUGUUCAGUAUUAGGUAUACUUUGCCCAUUUUUCAUUUAAGAACAUUUUAAAUGGAAAAUAUUAAUACUCCAUGCGCUUUCAAAAUAGUCUAUCUGUUAUCAGCCUCUAUAGCCACUAGAUGUCAAUACAAUGUUUAUCUGGGAAGUUUAAUAAAGACUCAUUUGUAUCCUAUUUAAUGAUUAAGUAAUGUAUUUCUUUUGCAAGAUAUGUUAAUAUCGAAGUGUUUCAGAACAUUUUGCUGUCAUAUUUAUGGAAAUCACUCCACCAACAAAUGAAAUGCUUUGCCUCAUCCAGUCAUAAAUAGUUGCUGAAUAGAAAGAGUUUUAAGCCUGAAUCAAAUUUAAAUUGCUAAGAAAAAUGUAUAUAGGCAGAACAUAAUUGCCCUAAUUGGAUUUUCUCCAGGUACUUUACUUGCAGAAAGACAAUGAGAUCUUUAUUAUUCAUAACUGGAUAAGACCUACAUUUUAUAUUGCAUUUUAAAGGUAACGUCUUAACUUUUCAUAGUUACAAUAGUAAUUCUGAGGAAGAAAUACUAAGGCAUUUCUACAACCAUUUCCUUUGGGAUGUUGGCUAUUUUGCUAUUUGGCUAAAGAUCAUUUAAAUUCCUGUCAAAACUGAGCUUUGGAAGGCUUGAGUAUUUACUCUUCAAUCUUUAACCCUCAAAUUAUAGUCAACAACUUUUUCCUGAACAUACUAAAUAACUAUUAUUUUUUUGAAACCUCUUACUGAUGUACAGAAAUGUAAUUCAAAUCUCCUUUCCUUUGACAUUAGAGUGUCCUGACUUAUAUGUAAAUUAGAAAAAGAUCUCAAAACAAAUAAAAAAUGAAAAUCAGAUAAACAAAGAAGAAAAGAAACCAUAUUAUCUUUAUCUGGGAACAUUAUUAGAUGUAUGCUUUUUCCCUCAGUCCCAAACUUUUGUGUUUUUUCUUUCAAUCUGUCAUGUACCAUAUCUGUUCAUCUUAGGGGGAAAAAAAGGCUAACAAAAAACUUGGAGAUCUACUAACCUAAGACAGAUUUUGAGCCUGAUCUUUAGUCUCAAUAUUUUGUAUUGUGUAUCCUAGUAGUAUCCAACAUUGCUAACCCCCAACCUUAAGCAAAAUUGUAUUGUAAUAACAUUUUAAGACAGGAAAUGAUAUUUUAGGACAAUAUUAGGAAGUUUCUAUUUUUCCUUGCCUGUCUUUCCCCAUCUACACUGCAAGUUGGCAAUAUUUUAUGUAAGAUUAUAACUUAAUGUGUUAAAUAUUUUAGAAAGGAAGAAAGAGUAAAAACAGUAGGGAGGGAGGGAGGAAAGUGAGGUCACGAGGUUCCAUCUGAGACCACUCAUUAAUUUCCCAACCAUUUUAUGAAAAUCCUCUUAACAAUGAGGAGCCCAGUGCCUGUUAUGUGAUGGAUCACAGUAAGCAGAGCAGACACAGGGAGAGUAGAGGAGGAAGAUAUGUGGAUGUGGAACACACAGGGAGUGACAGAGGGAGUGGAGUGGUAGGCAGGAAAGAUUUGUGUUGGUUCAGAAUGUUCAAUUGACCUCAGUGCCCCAGAGUUUUGCCUGAGGUCUAAAAGGCAAGAAUAAAAAGUGAUACCCUGCUUUCAAGGGAGGGACUAGCCCCUUGUCCGCCAUUGUAGGUACUAGGUACAUGAACCUAUGGAGCACUUGGAAUGUGACUACUUGAACUGAGAUGUGCUGUAGGUAUAAAAUACAUACCAGCAUUCAAAGAUGUGGAUGGAAGAAAGAAUAUGAAUGAUCUCAUUA